CACGACACUAGCUAACACUCUCACUCCCUCACUCGAGCUCAGUCUUCAACCAGUUAACUACCAGUCCUCCACCACCGAGCUAUCAAUCGGCAGCCAGCAGCCAUGGACAUGAGCCUCGAGUACUCAAGCUCUCCUUCCUCCUCGUCCACGGCCGAGAACGGUGGUGCGGCGGCGCAGUGGCCUUGGCCGCCGAAGCGCCCCGCGGGGCGCACCAAGUUCAAGGAGACGCGUCACCCGGUGUUCCGCGGAGUGCGCCGCCGUGGCAGCGCCGGGCGGUGGGUCUGCGAGGUGCGCGUCCCCGGGGAGCGCGGCACGCGCCUCUGGCUCGGCACCUACGUCGCCGCCGACGCGGCCGCGCGCGCGCACGACGCAGCCAUGCUCAUGCUCCGCGGCCGCUCCGCCGCCUGCCUCAACUUCCCUGACUCCGCGUGGCUGCUCGAUGUGCCGGCCGCGUUCGCCGACCUCGCCGACAUCAGGCGAGCGGCCGUCCAGGCCGUCGCGGACUUCCAGCGCCGUAGGGAGGCUGCCGCCGCGGUCCAGGAAGUCACCUCCAGCGUGUCCGCGCCGGCUUUCAGUGCCCGCUCGUCGGAGACGCUGCAGACUUCCGCCGAUGUCGCUUCUGAGGCGCCAAGUGUCGCACUGGAGAGCGAUGUGUUCGAUCUCGAAUGCUUGUUUGGGGAAACGGACUUGGACGCCUAUUACUACGCGAGCCUUGCGCAGGGGCUUCUUAUGGACCCCCCACCUCAGCCGGCCGCCGUGGCGUACAGCUGGGACAACGGAGACUGCGGCGACGGCGGAGCCGGAACAGAUGUCGCGCUCUGGAGCUACAGCUACUAGCUUGCAACGCCGAUAAUCUCCGGCAUAUUCGACUAUGUUCUUGGGCUUCUGACGCUGCUGCGUCGUAACGCAUUCAAAUUCCGGCCGCUUCCAGCAUGUCGUCGUCGCCGUCGAUCGAUCGCGAUGAUGUUCCCAGUCUCGUGGUUUAGUUUCAACUCAGGUUAUUCGCGCCUCCCAACUCCUGGCAACCAGACGUACAUGAAGCUUCUCGUCGGCCAAGCUGCUGAAGGGAAACAGUCACAGUGCCGCGCUCUCACGCGCUGACACUGGCUCUUGAGUCUCUUGACUCUUCUUCGUCUUAGAGUGUCACCGUCCUUCCUUGUCGGUCCCGUGACUAUAUUUUGGGACCAAGUGGUAUGAUCGAUAUGAUGUAUCCUCUUAAUUGGAUAUCUAGAAAUAGUGCUACCAGUGUUAGGCUAAGAUUGACCUUUAGCUGAGAUUGCAUGAUCAACUUGGAAUAAAUUCGUUGGAGUUCAGUUAUGUAUUCUGCUCCUGCUGGGUACACUUUGACGGACCUGUUGUCUUCUUGAUUCCGCUUAAAAGUUCGGCACUCUUGUUAUUCCCUUAAGUGUUGGGUUUUGUAAAUAAUAUCAUUAUCAUUGGGGAUAGUUCGAUGAUGAUUACCAACCAGUGUUUCAUAACUGACACUGGUGUCGUCGCACGGUCCCGGCCAUCCGACGCCCUUCGACCGUGCCAGUGACGCUUCAUGGUGUGCUCAUGUUUGGUCUCCACGUAUUCCGCUACCUGUCUCAUUGGGUGGCUGGCCUUUGGGGUUGAGGUUCUCACCGGAGAUCCUCCUUGGCGGUCGGCUUGACGCCCUCGAGGUGGCGUUUUGGUUGUGGCUUUGCUCUGGUUCGCGCUUUGUGGCAUGGCUCAAAUCUGCUUCGCCUUUCGACCACAGGGUCGGCACACCGGUGUCGUCGCCCCAGUCUCGGCUAUCCGACGCCCUUCGACUGUGCCUGGUCACGGUUCUACAGGUCUUUCGUCGUUGCCCAUAGCGCGCCUCGCCAAGUCAUGGUGGUCGUCCUUUGAGAUGCUGGCCUCCUGAGGGCUACGGUUGGCUUCGGAUGCUAACCCCCUAACC